UAAUUACACUAAAAUCUGGUUUCUCUGGUUGCGCUACUGACAUGUCUUUAUAUUUCUUGGCAGAUUAACAUAUUCAAGUCAAGAUGGUUAGGUUUGGGAAAAAGUUGACGGCCGGCCAAGUUCCAAAGUGGAGAGGUUACUAUAUAAACUACAAGCUGAUGAAGAAGAAAGUAAAACAAUAUGGGCAGCAACUCCAACAGGGAGAGAAAGACCAUCACCGUGUUCUCAAGGAUUUCUCAAAGAUGCUUGAUGAUCAGACUUUAGCUUUUGUCUGGUGUGGACAGUGCAGUGACAGGGGUUGCAGCCUUGUGGGGUCUAAUACAUGUUUCUUACUGCAGCUUUAAGCUUCGCUGUCAUCUAACUCUUUCUAGUUAAUUUUUGUUAUCUGUCUUUGAACCUAUAAAAAUGCUAACUCUUUCUAGUUAAUUUUUGUUAUCUGUCUUUGAACCUAUAAAAAUGGGUGAUCUGUACACUUGUCAUCUCCUACAUUUGUUUCCUGAACAUGUCUAAAGCUUUUAUAAGAAAUGCAGUUUUGAGCUCA